UCUUACAUAAAUUUAAAAAAGUUCAAAAUUUUAUUCUAUUUCACGUAAAGUGUAAAAUAUUUUGAGGCGGAGUUAAUAUUUUUUAAAAAAGAAUGAGUAAAAUAUAUUUUGGGACACUAGUGUUAUGAAUUUCGCACUUCCCAAACGAAUAAUCCACAAAAUGCUCAAAUCCACCGCACCCUCCCUACCACUUCUCCUCUCCCUCCCCAAACCCUCCCUUCCGCUUCAAAACUCUCUCCCGAUCUCUCCCUCUCCCCGAUCCUCCAGAUCCGCCGCCGCGCUCCGCUCCACCACCGCAAGGAUGAGCUGGCUCAACAAGCUCGGCCUCGGCGCGCGCGACGCCGCCGCGGACUCCGCGAUCGCUCAGGGACCCGACGACGACGUGCCCGGUCCGGGCAAGCAGUUCGCUCAGUUCGGGGCGGGUUGUUUCUGGGGCGUCGAAUUGGCUUUCCAGAGGGUGCCUGGGGUUACCAGGACGGAGGUCGGGUAUUCCCAGGGCUCCGUCCAUAACCCGACCUAUGAGGAUGUGUGUACCGGUAGCACGAACCAUGCUGAAGUGGUUCGGGUCGAGUACGACCCGAUGGAGUGCGGCUACCAGAACCUGCUCGAUGCCUUCUGGGCCAAACACGACCCGACUACCCGCAAUCGUCAGGGGGGCGACGUGGGCACUCAGUACCGAUCUGGAAUAUACUUCUACACCCCCGAACAAGAGAAGUCGGCAAUAGAAUCCAAGGAACAACAACAGAAGAUUCUGAACAGGCCCAUUGUCACCGAGAUAUUGCCAGCCAAGAAAUUCUACCGAGCCGAGGAGUAUCACCAGCAGUACCUUGCAAAGGGAGGCAGGUUCGGUCUCAAGCAAUCUACCGAAAAAGGAUGCAAUGAUCCAAUCCGUUGCUACGGUUGAGGUAUAUUACACUGUAUGCGUGUUUAUAUAUAUACAUAUUCUCAUGUUUGCAACUCGGUUUCGAUGGACUCAACUUUGGUGGCAAUUGGUGUCUGAUUUUAAUGGGUUAGUACGAUAUGGAGUGUGUCGGCAUGUAUGUGUAUGUGUGUGUGUAUACAUAAAAAUAAUAAUGCAGUGUUUGGGAU